UUCAGCUGAUUCUUCUGUCAAAUUCAGCUGAAUGUUUUUUUAAAUUUUUGAAAUUAGAUCAAAAAAGUUCAUAAUUCAAAAUUUUAAAAAUUAAUCAUUAAAACCGCUGAUUUUAAUCUAAGAAGCGUUCUCAAUAAAUUACUAUGGUGCUAACAAAAGAAUAUCGCAUAUGUAUGCCAUUAACAGUGGAAGAGUAUCGAAUUGGUCAGCUCUACAUGAUUGCCAGACAUAGUUUGGAACAGUCUGGAGAUGGAGAAGGGGUAGAAGUAGUUGAAAAUAAGAAGAUUGAAGACUCAACUCAUGGAAAGGGCCAGUACACUGAAAAAAGAAUACAUUUAUCUAAUCGAUUGCCCUAUUGGAUCCAAGCAAUCAUACCUAAAAUAUUUUAUGUCACUGAAAAAGCAUGGAAUUAUUAUCCAUACACCAUUACAGACUAUACUUGCUCUUUUAUACCAAGAUUUCAUAUAUCUAUACAAACCAAAUAUGAAAAUAAUCCUGGAACUACUGAAAAUUGUCUUGAUUUACCACCAGAAAAGCUGGCAGAAAGGAUAGUAGAAUCCAUUGAUAUUGCUUAUGAUGAAGUUACUCCAAAACAUUACAAGGAAGAAGAAGAUUUAAGAUACUUUAAGUCUAAAAAGACUGGCAGGGGUCCUCUUGUGGAUGGCUGGAGAACAAAUUUCCAACCAGUCAUGUGCAGCUACAAACUUGUUGAUGCUUACUUUGAGGUGUUUGGGUUGCAAACCAAAGUAGAAGAGUUCAUACAUUCAUGCAUUCGUGAAAUAUUAUUACUUGGUCAUCGGCAAGCGUUUGCCUGGAUGGAUGAAUGGAUUGAAAUGACCAUGGAAGAUGUUAGAAAGUAUGAAUCACAACUUCAGCAACAAACUAACUCUUUAUUAAAAGAAACUUCCCAUAAAGUGGCUGAGGAGGGUGCUAGUGAGAGUUUAAGUAUACCAGUUACACCAAAAUCACCUAAAAGUCCUUCAAAAAAAGGGUAUUUUGGGUGGUUUUAAUUAUGUUCCUUAAUUCAUUUUAUAGUGAUUUGGAAAAAUACCUCAAACGUUUUACUGAUAACUUGGUUUUUUCAUCACUGCCCCUUUUAUUUGAAGUUGCUUCAUUAUGUACAAAUAAAUUACUAAAGAGUU